AUGAAGUUCAGACCAAGCCAGCCAUGGUUUGGGUUAAGGGGAGGAUGGUUGACCUUUUGGGUUACCGUUGCGUGUGCUACGGAUAUGACUCUGUUUGGUUAUGACCAGGGUGUCUUUGGCGGUGUUAUUGUCACAAAUGACUUCCUCGACACGUUACAACUACGCGAUGAUCCUACUCUCUUGGGAACAGUGACUGCCAUCUACGACGUUGGCUGUUUAUUUGGCGCAAUUUUCUCCAUGUAUUUUGGAGAAGUAUGGGGUCGAAAAAAGUCCAUCAUGGUGGGAACCACCGUCAUGGCCAUCGGAGCUCUGCUGCAAAUCACAGCCUACGGAGUACCCCAGAUGAUCGUAGGCCGGAUCGUCGCCGGUCUAGGAAACGGUAUGAACACGGCCACGGCACCAGUCUGGCAGGGUGAAACCUCGCAGAUUAAAUGGCGUGGCAAACUGGUCAUUAUUGAGAUGAUUCUUAAUAUUGCUGGCUAUUCGCUUUCGAAUUGGGUGACUUAUGCUCUCUCAUAUGUCCCUGGUCCGGCGUCGUGGAGGUUCCCGUUGGCUUUCCAGUUUGUGUUUAUUAUUAUUCUCUGGGUUACUGUGCCUUGGUUGCCUGAGUCUCCUCGUUGGCUUAUUGCUCAUGGUCGUCCUGAUGAGGCGCGUGAGAUUAUUGCCAACCUGGAGGACAUGGAUGCAAAUGAUUCCUACGUUAUCACUGCUCAUACGGAGAUCGUCGAUGCCGUCGAGUACGAACGCGAGCACAGCGUGUCCUGGCUCAACUUACUGCGCGGCAAAACAGGCGACCAAGGAGGUACCUGCGCCAUCCGCCGGUUACUCCUCGGUGCCGGAGCCCAGGCAAUGCAGCAACUAUCCGGAAUCAACGUCACAUCCUAUUAUCUCCCAACAGUAUUGAUGGAAUCAGUCGGCAUGUCAGAAAAGAUGUCCCGACUCCUCGCGGCCUGCAACUCGGUCUCAUACCUCCUCGCCGGUCUCGUUGCAAUUCCGCACAUCGAACGCUGGGGUCGUCGCCGUCUCUUCAUGAUCUGUGCCCUGGGACAGGGUCUCUGCUACCUACUGAUCACCGUUUUGAUCCGCUUCAAUGAGAAACAGGGCUACGCGUACCAGGAACAAGUUGCUUCUGCCUCGGUUGCAUUCUUCUUCCUGUACUACGUCUUCUUCGGUAUGGGUUUCCAGGGUAUCCCCUGGCUUCUCCCGGUUGAAAUCAACUCCCUCUCCAUGCGAACAAAGGGUGCAGCGCUAGCAACAGCAACAAACUGGGCUAUGAAUUUCAUGGUCGUCGAGAUUACCCCUGUCGGUAUCCAGAACCUUGGAUACCGGUUCUACAUUAUCUGGACGGUUCUCAAUCUGUCCUUCGUGCCGAUUAUCUACUUCUUCUACCCGGAGACGGCGAAUCGGGCUCUGGAGGAUAUUGAUAUGUUCUUCCGGGAGAACCAUUUUAUCUUUGUGCAUAACAAUAAGGAGGCGAUCUCGGCGAAGCGGCCCGCAAGAUACGUGGAGAUGGAGCAUGAUUUGGUGCAGAGGACUGCGGAACAGACUGAGGAGAAGAUGGAGGCAGAGGAGGCUAAGGGGUCGAUGGAGCAGAUGGAGGGGGUAUAA